CUUAAGGAUGUCAGACUCUCAAGAGCAGACUUAUUGCCACUUAUGCUUGGCUGCCUGACAGAAGUAAAUGACAAGCAUUCACUUAAUUUAUUCGAAGCACGUAACUUAAAGGUUUUUAAAGGUUUUUCGCAGAACUGCAAUUGAGAGAAGGAAAACUGGUGUGAAGGACCUCACUGACUUGGGUAAGCAUUGGAAAUAACUCUUAAGCUCUAAUUAAUGUUUUAGUAGAUCUAGUUCACGCGUCUUUCUUAUGAAGAGGUGCGUUGCAAAUGUCCACAGUAGAGUAACAUUUGCAUUUGAGAGGAAAUACUUCCCAACUUACGACGAAGAAAAUGGGUCAAAACACCAAGCUUCGUGGUUCUUUACAUACCAAUAUUUUUGAUAUUGUGGUUUUAACAAUAAUUGCUCUGAUCUAAGUUCAAGUUCAAGUACAUGUGCAGUGAUCAGCGAACGGCAAAUGUAAUCAGCGCGAGUGUAAAUGCAUUCCAUGCCAGUGUAAAUGAUGGUUUUUCAAAGGAUCUAAUCUGUCAAAAAUUCUAAAUUAAUCAUCACUUUCAAGAAGAAUCUCUUUAAUUUCACAUGGAAAGACUGAGCUAGUGUGUCAAAACAACAUCAGAAAUGUAUGAAUAUUUUAGGUGCCAACAGAGUAAACUAAAGCUAAAACACGGAAAAACUUGAUAAAAUACAUCACUGCGAGAUUAAAAAAAAAUUACGCAUGUUAACAAAUAAAACAUCGCCGUCUCUAAGAAUUUUCGUUCCUUGAAGGUGAACAUUUUGGUAUUCUUCCUCGCUCACGCGCCGUUACAUAAACCUCCCUUCGAUAUUCACAAUUUCCACAGUUGCUAUGUGACUCAAGACUACGAAAGACUCGUGAGUCUUGGCACACUGUCACGGAAAAUGAAGCAGACAAUAACUCCGCGUCAUAAUCCAGGCAAUAUCAACUUCGUUUGAAAGAACUAUUUUUUAAUUAUUAAUUUUUAAUUACAGGCGUCUAUCAGCCUUCGUCGCUCAGUUUUACUGUUAUUUUCAGCCAUAGCUUUCUGUUACACAUUCAUUCAAACGCCGUUCCUUUGGGGUGUCUAGAUCAAAGGCCGCGGCCUGGUUGUCUAAAGCUUAUCGCAUAAUAAUCUUCCACCAGACAACACUUUUUAGUAUUUCAUCAAAAUGAACCUUGGUUCCUCUUUCAUUUUUACUAGAAAACAUAAGAAACAGCCAAAAAGAUGCAACCGUCCGUAGAAGCUCCUUUUAGGGGCAAAAGUAAGGGAAAGGAAAACUUACCUUUAUUUCGCCUUGGGUAUUUUAUUUAUUUUUCAUUUUUUGUUGGGGUUUACCAAAAUCGAGUGAUGUUGCAGACUUGGUUCAUUUGUAUAACUUGUUCUUAAUCUUACCAUGCGUGAUUCUGCCGACCCUGCGCUCUUUGCGUUCGCAGUUGCGCAGUCGUUUGACCGUCAUAUCCACAAACCGUGACGUAACUGCUUCAUUAAUCAGGAUUCGUUCACUUUCUCCUUCGACAAAACCCGUUUUAGAGGUAGGAAGAGAGAGAAUCCUACGAACAAAAUUGAACGCAUGUCUCACACUUUUUGAGUACAAAGACUUCCUUUCCACCACAUUUCUAUUUUUGUUCCUUACAGGGUGCUAGCCAUGGGAAACAGCGUGGAUUGUUGUUACAACUCGCGCUGGUCUUACCAGUGCAUUUUCCCUUGCAUUCGUUUUUGUACAUACACAGGACGCCGGGUCUUUUACAACUAUGACGGAAUGGAAAAGGUUCAACCACUCGUCCAUAUUUACCACCCCCGGAACGAGCGCGUUCACUCUCUUCCAGAUGCUCUCUAUGGCAUUGAUGACGACGAUGAUAUACAAAAUCAAAUCAAAAGCCAUAAAGGUGUGUACACGAACAUUUGUAGGAGCAAAAAUUAUAAACUGCGAUUAAGCGAUUGAGACUGUGGGACCAACUAACUUGACUAAAAACAAUCACAGUAACUGCUACUUUAAUGAAUGACUGAUUAGCUUGGAGAAUUCACGCUAAAACAUACAUUAUCACGAUGCAACUUUGAAACAAAUGCUUCCUGACAUAUGGAAUUGCUACGGGUAAAAAAGUACCUGCAACUGAUUUGAUUCAUCUGACUUUCUGAUUACACAGGGCUUGACGGCGCUGGUCAGAUCGCGGCGUUGUGCAAGUAUGCAGCGGACAAUGGUUACACCAUUCGCGCCGUGGGCACAGGUUCCUCUUGGUCUCGUCUCACCCAUACUAGAGACAUACUUGUGGUCAUGACUGAUUUGAACAAGAUUCUCACGGUCCCAAAGAUAUUGGAGGAUUCACAGUCGGAGGAUUCAGAAAUGGAAACAACGGAAAUGAAAUAUGAAGUCGAAGUACAAGCCGGGAAACGCGUUGUAGAUUUUGUCGAGGAACUCGACCGGGAUUAUCACAAGGCGCUCAAGAUGAUGGGCAACUACGCAGGCCAAACGGUUGGAGGAGUGGCGAGCACUUCCACUCAUGGAUCAGGAUGGUUCAGUGGAACAAUGGUAAGAUUAAUCGAGUGGUCAAAUAAAAAUAGUAUAUUAUAGUAGGGUGCUCCUACGGCUACAUACAUUCUCGGCCGCCUUACGGAGAAGCAGAAAAAGUCUAUCUGCUUCGAACAAAAUUCAAAUAAUUGCCUCAUGGUCGAAAUGUUUAAGAAGAUGGCUGGAAGAAAGAGGAUUGGCAAUUUUGACUAAAAUUACAGUUGACGAACUGCAACGACUUACGUUAUAUUAUCUAAGAUCCACAUAUCCAGCUCUCGUGCUGUUCUGGUCACGUGACAUUCCAAAUAUGGCAAUAUACGUUCACAAUGCAAAUAUUGCCGAACCGAACUUGCUAAUGAUGAUUAUCAAAAUGUUUCUAUGACCAAGGUUUCUCUCCUCGAUUUUUCAAAGGGAGAAGCAUGUCUUAAACUCGUUCACUAAAAAAAUCUUAGGUCAUUUUAUGUCUCAUUUGCAGUCCACUUUUGUGGUGGGUCUUCAUUUAAUCGUACGUGGUGGAAUCCAAGUGAAGGUACGUGGCGGCCCCGAAACCAUUGCGGAUUGCGAAGCAAAGAUCGAUGGAGCCAAAUACGGAGACGACCCAGUCGAGAUCAAAAGUAGUGAGGUGUUAAAGGCAUGUCAAGUAGGGUUAGGAUGUAUGGGGGUGAUCUACUCCAUUACAUACAGCUGUGUUCCAAUGUACAAGCUGGAGGAAAUCAGAAAAACGGAACAGGUCUCUUGGCCAGAAGUUACGACGGAAGACGACGAAGGCAACAACGACGGUGACGAUGCGUUAAUGGGAAAGAAGUUGCAAUUAGGGGAGGUUCUUGAAAAGUUUGCUAAAAUGUACAAGACGAAAGAUGCAGAAUAUUUCUCGUUUUUCGUCAAUCCAUACCCGCUGGGACCAAGGUAAGGCCUCAGGGCUACGUACAAGAGCAGAAUUAGUUCUUUAAUACGAAUGUUAUAGAGCUGGCUGUAUUCGUAGUGGUGUUUGUAAUGAAAGCUAUGGUAAUAGUGGUGGCUGUGGAGAUGGAAAUGGCGGUGGGUGACGAUGCCAAUAAUAGUGAUAGUGGUAAAAGAAGUGACGGUAGUGUUCUUGGUGAGAGUAGCGGUGAUGGUGGUGUUUGCAGUACUGGCACCAGUUGUUUAAAGGGUGGAUAACGCUAUCCACUGGAUAAGUCGCCCACGGGUAGAUAACGCAGUAAGUCUUGACACUUAAAGCGGUAUCCGCUGGAUAUCAAGUUAUCUGUUUGAUAACUGAACCCUGGUUUAGUGGCAGUGUUUUCUAUGACGAUGCUGCUGGUAUUAGUGGUAGUAGGGUUGGCAGUGGUGUCUUAGUCUUAGCGUUGGUAAUAGUGAUGAUUGUGGUGAUGAUGUUGGAAGAUGUGCCGCUGCUAAUAAUGGUAGUUAUGGUAGCAAUACUCUUACUGAUUACAAGGGUGGUGGCAAUGACAGCAGUGGUAAGGACGAUGAGAUGGUUGUGAUGGUAGUACUGGUGUUCAUGCUAAAUGCAGUGGUAGUUACGGUUGUGGUGCUGGUGCUAACGCUAGCGGGGGUAGAAGAAAUGUUUCUGCUGAUGGCAAUGCUGAUAACAAUGUAAAAUGGUAGCUAGGGAGAUGGUGAUAGUAGUGGCAGUGGUGGUGGCAUUAAUGAUGGCGGCAAGGAUCGUGGUGGUGAUAGUAAAGGCCAUGUGAGGGUGGUGGUUGAAGUCUUAAAAGACUCAGUACAGUUAAUUCUAAUUUAAGUCCCUUUUCAUAAUUCCUGUUACGUUUAAGGUGGCGAUGAACUCAAUAAUCUCGUUACCUCCUUGCUCCCUCAGGAAUGACAAGCAUAUUGAAAUGGCUUACUUGAAAGCUUUCAAAACAGAUCGUAGACCAACCUGCUGUGCUUGUUGCUCAUGCUGUUGUAAUUGUUGCGGGGGAAGAGGAAUAGCGGACCUAGGCUGCAUGCAGACAGACUGCACAGCCUCUUGCCUUCAGGGAUGUGCCAAUUGUUGCCCCACUCGUAUUCCACAGCUCACCAACUUCGGUGUGUCACAGUUCUCGUUCGAAAAACCGUAUCGGCAGACAUGGUACAACGUGCUUCAGUUCACGAAAGGCAAUAUCCAGUAAGUAAAAACACUUGCUGUGUGAAACUUCUUAGCUGUCAUCUGCACAAACAGCCAAAUAGACCGAUUGAACAUGAUUUUACGACAAAAUAUCAACGUUUUCAAGCCGUAAACGGUUUGACUUAUUAAACGAAGGAAUAAUUGCCAUUUUCUAAGGCGUUGCUAUUAAACAUAUACUUUCGUUUACCAUCAAAUAGAAAAAUGGAGAGCACGUUUUUAUUGAGUUUGGUAAAUGUAAAGCCUAAGUGAUUCAAAGGGCCGGUCAGCACAAAGGCUAACAUUUAAAACUGCUGGUUACAACUCCUGGAAAGAAAAGGCCGACCUCAGGCGCCGGAAAGUGCAGUUUAUCGAUUCGCUCUUCGUUCCAUGUUUUUCUUAGCUGAGUAAUGAGUGGUUAAAGCAAACUAAGAAAUCCCAAAUGAUUUUUGACACUCAGUCAAAUAUUGCUGUCAGAUAGAGUCUUGUCGUUUCUUUUGUAAUUUUAGCGUUCGCACAGCAGAAUGGUGCUUACCGUUGGAACACCUCCAUAGUGCCCUGACCAUGGUGAUAAAACUGGCUCAAGAUUACGCAGAAAGGCAUAAACAGUAUUCUUUGCUACCAAUCUAUGUGAGACUUGCACGUACUGAUGAUUUGUUCCUGAGCCCUGCAAGCAAGUUUAGACCUGACGGAACUAUAAAUGAUCACAACUGUUACAUUGAGGUAAGAAAAAAAAAACCUUUCUAAGAAUUACCAUAAAAUAAGACAAUAGUAAGGAUUUAGUCUUUACUUUUUUUUUCCCAGGUACCAUUUCUCCCUGGAGCAUUCGGCAUUGACGAGUUUCAGGAGACGGUAGAGAACAAGCUAUGUGAGAAGUUCAAGGCAAGGCCACACUGGGGAAAGAAUAAUCGCCUCAACCAGUCUAAGAUCGAGGCGAUCUACCACAAGGAUAGCCUGGAAAAAUGGGGGGAAGUGUACAGGAUAUUUAACAAAGGAGGACCGUUUGAAAAUCUCUUCACACAUCAUAUGGGUUUUGCUAAGUUGUUUGAUUAUCCAAUCGAUAAGCAGCCUUCUGCCUAAGAAGUAACGUUUCAUUACCUUAUUUUGUCGCUCUUAAGUAUAGGAAGAAGCGCAGUAGUUUAUAGGUAGAAUUCUCAUAUGUAUACACUAGUUGACAGUCUUCGGUAAUCAACGCCUAGAAAACAACAUACUAAGAUGUGUUACCAGAUGACCUGGAAUAACCUAAGACUACGAGCACUAAGAUGGAACCGGCCAAUCAAAUCGUGCCAUUUAACUCUUUAACUCCCGUGAGUGACCAAGACAGAAGUUCUCCUUUCUAUAUCUGUACAAUAUCAUGCAGACAAGUGAUGGGAAUAAAGAAAAAUAUCAAUUAUAGAAUUACUAAUUAACUGAUCCGAUAUUAAAUUCUCUGAACUAACAUUAAAAGAAUAACUGUAUGGUUGACAGUAAGGAGAAUUACAAAUUUGAUCUGGGAGUUGAAGGGUUAAGAAUCAUCUUCUAGAGUGUCUUACAUAAUAAAUGUAAUCCAUCAGAGCAAUGUAUAAAAGUUGACUUGAUAGAGCUAGUGGGGCAAUAUCGAUUGAUAAUAGAAUUCAAUUUUACAACUUGGUAGAUCUGACCAUUGCCGUAAAAAGAACUGAAAUAGCCAAAUAGAAAUUCAUAACUAGCAUUCUUAAAACAGCUUGUUUCACUGAUAGUUUUAAAAUGAACAGAAGUUAUUGUUUAUUUGCCGCUAUUUGAGGGGGUUUCAUGCAGUUGUAGCUAAUGUAGCCUUUUUCAGUUUCAUUCUCUUGACAAUAUUUUGCAACUAGUUGUAUCUGUAGAAACCAAUCCCCCUCCUAGCCCCAGUCCGGGCGGCUAUCCAUAUAACUUUGACUUUCGCGCAGAUCAAGCAAAUGUAACGGUGUUAGCUCGAGUAGAAGGUGAUCGCUUAUGCAGCCGUAUUCCAAAAUCGUUAGGUAAAUUUCUCUAUGUUAUACGUAUUUCUAGUUAUUUCCAAUCUUGUAAUUGAUCGUUCCGUUCUUGAUGUAUUAUGUUCGUAAUACAUUACUUAGAAACCACUGGCAAUUAAUGGCGUGUAAAUAGAGGAAUUCGAUCAUGUCGUCAAGAAAUUAAACUCCU